AUGACCAGUCAAGGCCCGCUAACCACCUGGCUCCUCUCCGCCACCCCGCAAGCCCUCAAGCGCGCCACCAGCCACCCAUUCCUCGCCUCCGCCGGCAGCGGCACCCUCCCCAAGACCACCCUCUCCCAAUGGCUCUCGCAAGACCGGCUCUACGCCCAGUCAUACAUCCGCUUCAUCGGCUUGCUCCUAACAAAGAUCCGCAUCCCACCCCAUAACCCCAACACCGAGACCCCGCGCCAGCCCACCCUCGAACAAAUCGCCGUCGACGUUCUCAUCGACGCCCUCGUGAACAUCCGCACUGAGCUCCGCUUCUUCGAAUCUACCGCUCUCGAAUACGGCCUCGAUCUAACCGCCAUCUCCGCCGACGAGGGUGGUGCGGGUCUGGCGCCGUCCGGCUCGAUCACCACCUCGAUCGGCAUCUCGACCACGGGCUCGGCUUCAUGCCCGGGCUCCACGGGGGCCAGUUGCCUGGACACGAAGGGCUCCUGCGCGGGUGCGGAGCCCGGCAAGAUUGACGAGGAUCCUCGUCCUAACGAGCAGCUGCAUAAGCUGUGCCGUGCCCAGGGCGAGUGCCAGAUGCAGGCAGGCAGCGAGGUGUGCAACCCGCCGUCGCCGGAGCGCACAGCCAACAAAGCCAACAAACCGGCCUCGCCGCUGGAGCACGAGGGCCCGAUCUUUUUCGCAGCGAACCGGAUUACCCGCGCGUACAUUGAUAUGUUUAUGUCGGUGGGGAGUGCGGGGGUGAGUGUGCUGGAGGGCUUGGCGGUGCUGUGGGCGACGGAGGUGUGCUAUUUGCGGGCGUGGCGGUUUGCGGCGUCGCAUGGGAAGAAGAGGGAGGGGGAGGGAGAAGGGAGGAAGGAUAUGGAUGCGGAUGGGGGUGCGCUGAGGGAGAAGUUCAUUCCGAAUUGGUCUAGUGUGGAGUUUGAGGGCUUUGUGGAUCGCAUUGGGGAUGUGCUGGAUCAGAUGGCUGAGCAGACUAAGGGCGUUGAAGAGGCGGAGCUGUUGCGCAGCCGGUGCUUGGAGUGGUGGCGGCAGGUUGUUUGGUUGGAGGAGAGGUUUUGGCCGGCGCUGGAUUGA